ACCAGAGGCUCUGUGGGAAAAUUGUGGCAUUUUGAGUGGAUUCUUUUGGAGGAAACGCAACGUUCAAAAUUGUGGAAAUAUCUGUUUGACCACGGGUUCUGCUGAUAACUAUUUUUUUUUUUCAUACGUGUGAAUUUAAACCAUUUUUUUAGACACGUCUCUGGAAGAGGAUAAAACAACAUAUUCACUUCUUCUGUGACAACUUCGAUUCAUUUAAGGUUCCACAGGAUUUAAUCUGCAAGUGCGCCUUUGGAAUCACCAAAACGCAGAAAAGACGCGCUAUUCCAACUGGGAGAACAUAGCCUAUCAAGAGUUAUAUAAUAUAUAUGGAUGCGUUUACUGGCUCGUUCUAGAUCAUCACGUCACACUAACAAAAUUUGAGUCUUUUUUUUCUUUUUCUUUUUUGCUUUUUAUUGCUGUGCGCUCUGGGGCACCUGCGCAGGACAUCCUCGUCUUCUGGUUUCGGUUCUUGCUGAAUGGGAUGCAUGUGCACCUCUCGGUGACGUAUUUCUAUUAACCACAGGGCUCUAGACGGGGGCCAAUAAUGUAUGCUGGGCGUAAAAGGAGAAAGCCGGUGCAAAAAGCGGCGAAACCUCCACCGGUGGAAGGGGUGAAGUCGAACCCGUCCAAGCGGCACCGUGACAGGCUCAACGGGGAACUUGAGCGGCUGGCCAGCCUUCUUCCCUUUGCCGAGGACGUCACAACCAGCCUGGACAAGCUCUCCAUCCUGCGGCUCAGUGUCAGCUACCUGCGCGCCAAGAACUUCUUCUCAGUUGCACUGAAGAGCCAUGCAUGCAGCAAUGGGGUGACAGCCAACGCUGGCGGCUAUGGCAACGGCAAAUGUGCACGACUGGCAGAUGGCUGGAUGCUGGAAGGUGAACUCCUAUUGCAGGCCCUCAAUGGCUUCAUCCUGGUCCUCACUGCUGAUGGCACCAUAUUCUACACCUCCCACACCAUUCAGGACUACCUGGGCUUCCAUCAGACGGAUGUGAUGCACCAGAGCGUGUUUGAGAUGGUCCACACUGAGGACCAGGAAGAGCUGAGGAGGAACCUCCACUGGGCCCUCAACCCUCCCGCAGUCUACCCCACCACCCAGGACUCUGGCACCGAUGGCAGUGGAGGUGGCUCCUCAUUGGUCAGUAGCAGCAGCAGCCAGCCCUGCCACCCGGAGCAGUUGCCCCCAGAGAACUCCUCCUUCCUGGAGAGGAGCUUCGUCUGCCGCUUCCGCUGCCUCCUGGACAACUCCUCCGGCUUUAUGGCUCUCAGCCUUCAGGGAAGACUGAAAUUCCUCCAUGGCCAGAGCCACCACGGGCUGAACGGAGCGAAGGCCCCACCGGAGCUGGCCCUGUUUGCCAUCGCCACUCCCCUGCAGUCCCCCUCCAUCCUGGAGAUCCGCACCAAGAACAUGAUCUUCCGCACCAAGCACAAGCUGGACUUCACCCCCAUGGCCUGCGAUGCAAAGGGCAAGAUAGUGCUGGGUUACACGGAGGCAGAGCUCAGGGUUCGAGGCUCUGGCUAUCAGUUCAUCCAUGCAGCGGACAUGCUUCAUUGCGCUGAGAACCACAUACGCAUGAUAAAGACAGGGGAGAGUGGGCUGACAGUCUUUCGGCUGCUCACCAAGGAGAACCGCUGGAAGUGGGUGCAGGCCAACGCACGCCUGGUGUACAAGAACGGCAGGCCUGACUACAUCAUCGCCACCCAAAGACCUCUUCUGGACGAGGAGGGAGGCGAACAUCUGCGCAAGCGGUCGCAGCACAUGCCCUUCACCUUCACCACGGGGGAGGCCCUCCUCUACCACAGCAGUCACCCCAUACCAGGCUUCGCCGACGGCCACCCAGGCAGCGGUAGCGGUGGUGGUGGUGGUGGUAGCAGUAGCAGCGGCACCGGCGAGGGCACGCACGACGGCAAGGCCCAGAACGGCGCACCCGCGGCGGACAAGGACAAGCACCACCAGACCCCCCCGGACGGCCUGGAUCCCAACUCCUUGCUGGGGGCCAUCAUGAGCCAGGACGGGUCGGUGUACAUCAGUCAGCCGGCCGCCGCCGAGCCCAAGUUGUCCCUGCCGGCCCACCUGCUGGGGGAGCUGAAGGGACAUCACCACAACCAUCACCACCACCACAACAACAGCCACCAUCACCACCACCACAACCAGUUUGCCGAUAGCAUACUGGCGGCCCAGUGCUCGGAGGCGUUCGAGCGCUGGGACGGAGAGACAGGCAGCAAUGGAGACAAGGUGCCAGCGCUCAUCUCCCCGCCGCACGAGAAUGGGAAGAGCUUCGACCCCCUGCUGGCCACUCUGGACUCGCUGACACUAGGGAGCGACGGAGUGCCGUCGGUGUCAGUGUCCGUGGGGGAAGCAGGGGGUGGUGGCAGAGAUGGCGGCGGCUGCUCGAACGGGGAGCUGUUCAGUGCUCUGGAAGGGCUGGGGCUGAGCGCGGAGGACCUGGAGCUCUUGCUGCUGGACGAGAGGAUGAUCCGCGUGGAGCUGGACCCUGAGCACGUGCCCAGCCUGGACGAGCUGCUCACCAGCGACGAGAUCCUCUCCUACAUCCACGAGUCCCUGGAGCACCGGGCCGAGGUGGAGACGGAGGAGAUGGGGAUGGGGAUGGAGGUGGGAGGUCCAUCGUUGGGGGCUCUGCUAGGGGGUCCCACCCCCAUCACCACCACCACCACCACCACCAACACUUCCUCUUUGCCCACCCUCCCGGCUCCUCAGACGACAGCGAUGGCAACCCAGGUGCCGGGAACUUGUGGCAGCCAAGACGCUGGUGCAAACGCCCAGUACCUUGAUCCGAGGCCGCCGCUUGGUCGGCCUCCGAUACUGGCGCUUUCGCAGCAGAUGCAGCAGAAUCUUACGUUGAAAUCAGCUCCUCCGACAUCGGCAGGCGUGAACUCGUGGGGUCAGCAGCAGCAGCAGCAGCAGCAGCACAACAGCCACCCAGUUGUGGUGGAGAGCAAGGACAUCGAACAGGUGCUGCAAAGACUGCCACCCGGGUCCAACGGAUACUGCUCACGGCCUCAUAUGAUGGGUAACAAUGUGGGCUGUAUGGGGACAGCUCAGCCUCGACCCAUGCCCGGACAAACGUUUUUGGAGAGCCACCACCACCAAAAGACCUCACAGCUCGGGACCAAUGGCUGCCCACCCCUUCACUACCACCACUUCCCCUUGCCACAGCAGCAGCAGCACCCACAGGUGAACCACUACCCUCAGCAUCAACCUCCAUGCCACAAUGGCCAGAAGGACAGCACUGUCACCAGCACAAUACAGUCAACUGCUAACUCCAUCCCCUUCACCGCCAAAGACCACUGGCGCCAUUUCAACCAGAGCGGCCAGGGGGACGUGUUGAACAACACCGGCCCCUGCCUCUGUGACGGGCCAGCACUGUCGGCCUGCCCCACGAACUCCGGCACCAAUUACUGCGUGGUGGACGUGCCGGUCACUGUCAACGGCGACGGAAUGUUGGGAGGGAAUGGGAUUCAUCAGAACACGAUGGAUUCUAUCGCGGCUUACCACGCGGCUGUUCCGAAGGGCCAGGAGCAGCUGGCCCAGGUUCUGUCCAGUCUGUCCAAUCAGAUUCUAGGAACGGGGCCGGCCUAUAGACAGCUCUCCCAACUGGAGUCCUGUGGACUGUUUACCUCAGAACUUAUGCAGCAAGCACAGCAAGCACAGCACAAGAAUGGCUGUUUAUCCAGUGCCACCCAUCCAGUGGGCAGCGUUGCAACCAACGGUCAUGGCCUGGUGGUGCCUGGCGAUAUGGGGCUGCAUCCAGAGACGUUACCCAGCUUUAGUGACCCACAGACCACAGGCUUCUUCCUCUGACACGGCCGGUUGGUCACAUGAAGGAGGAGCAGUGCAGCAGGAGCGACUGCAAAUGAAAUGGACAUUUUGUGUGUGUGUGUGUGUGUGUGUGUGUGUGUGUGUGUGUGUGUGUGUGUGUGUGUGUGUGUGUGUGUGUGUGUGUGUGUGUGCGUGCGCGUGUGUCUGUCUGUCUGUCUGUCUGUCUGUCUGUCUGUCUGUCUUUGUUGUCCUCACGUGUAACCAAAUGGAACUAUAUCAACUGAUACUGUAUGUUUACAACUCUGCGUGGGUCAGUGGGUGGACGUUUGAGACUGAUGCUCAGUUUGUACGCAAGCACAGGCAGGAGGUGUGUUGGCACGGGGGGUGCUGUUUACCUUCACCGUGCUUAUCUUCUAUCUCUGCCACAGCACUGGAAAAACAAGCCGCAAGGCGAAGCCCUGUUUUUGUGGUUGCCUCUUGGUAUUCAACGAAAUUUCGGUCCAAAAACCAACCACUUUAUACAGAGCUAUUCAGCAAUCUUGGACUUAAUCUGUGAACAUCACUUUUUACAUUUCUGUUUAUUUUAUGUGUUGGAGGUUGGAGGUCUUCCAGAAUUCAGGCGCAGGCACUUAUCUGGGUGUGUUACCGUAACUCUGACAAAGUGUUUGAGAUCAAAGUCAGUUUGAAGGGACUUCUGUGGCGUCGUUUUUUGCAGAGAAAAAUGGCGUCAUACGACUGUUCUUUUAGUAGGUUUACAACUCAGUUCAAUUGGCUGGGCUAGUCAUUAAACCUUGAAGUUUCUGAGCAUUUUUCAGACCAUGGACCCCAUCUGGUCAAUACAACAGGACAAUGGCAGGUAAUGAAAGACGGUGCAACAGCAGAUUCGUGUAGAACAUCUUGAAGGUGGAAGAACAAUAUUUCAUACACAGGCCAUUUUCUCACAGACCAUUUGGGAUGUUAGCAGAUCACUAGUCAAUCCAUGGAUCACACACUUCGAGAACCAAUGCA